CCGAAAACCCAUAUAUACGUACAAUAACAUUUUUAAGUCCAAGAGGCACAACAAUAUGGAAGAGACUUUAGUACUGUACACAUGCCUAUUUCUCAUCAUCACUCUAGUAGCUUUCAAAUUGUUUCUCCAAACCAAAAAACCACACAAAAACCUGCCACCAAGCCCACCUUCUCUUCCCAUCAUCGGCCAUCUCCAUCUCUUGAAAAUCCCUAUCCACCGAACCUUCCAUCGUCUGUCCCAAAAAUACGGCGCCGUUUUCUCCCUCCGGUUCGGGUCCCGGCAUCUCGUCGUCGUGUCAUCUCCCUCCGCCGUCGAGGAAUGCUUCACCAAAAACGACAUCGUCCUCGCCAACCGCCCCCGCCUCCUCAUGGGAAAGCACCUCGGCUACAACUACACCACCGUCGCCGUAUCCCCCUACGGCGACCACUGGCGCAACCUCCGCCGCAUCGGGGCCCUCGAGAUCUUCUCCUCGGGGCGCCUCAACGCCUUCUCGGGCAUCCGGAGGGACGAGAUCAAGCGGCUGCUUCGGAGACUCACUCGCAACUCGCUCCAACACUUCGCCAGAGUUGACCUAGUUUUCUCCGGGCUGACGUUCAACAUCAUAUUGAGGAUGUUGACAGGGAAAAGGUACUACGGCGACGAGGUUUCCGACGAGGAAGAGGCUCGGCUUUUUAGGGACAUCGUGAAGAAGGCUAGCGCCUACGGUGGGGCGGCGAAUCCCGGGGAUUUCUUGCCGAUUUUGAAUUGGUUUGGAAGUAACAGUUAUGAGAAGAGGGUGAGAAGGCUCGCUAAGAAGACCGAUGCUUUCUUGCAAGGUUUGAUCGACCAGAAUCGGAGGAUGAAAGAGAGACCAAAUAGUAUUUUGAGCCAUUUACUUUCACUGCAGGAGUCACAGCCCGAGUACUACACUGACCAAAUUAUCAAAGGGUUUAUACUAGUCUUAUUACUAGCGGGGACUGAAACAUCUUCGGUGACACUAGAAUGGGCAAUGUCUAAUCUCCUCAACCAUCCUCACGUCCUCAAAAAAGUCAAAGCUGAGCUGGACACUCAAGUUGGUCAACAGAACUUGGUGGAAGAACCAGAUCUUUCCAAACUACAAUACUUGCAAAACACAAUCUCGGAGACUCUUAGGUUGUACCCAGCGACGCCAUUACUAGUGCCACACUACUCGUCUGAUGACUGUACCAUCGCAGGAUACAACGUGCCACGUGACACGAUCUUGUUGGUUAAUGCGUGGGCCAUACAUAGAGACCCUAAGUUGUGGGAUGAUGCGGAGAGUUUUAAGCCAGAGAGGUUUGAAACUCAUCAUGAAGGCGAUCAGAUCAACAAGCUACUGCCAUUUGGGCUAGGAAGGAGGGCUUGUCCUGGGGCGGGCCUGGCCCAACGUGUUGUGGGCUUGACUCUGGCGUCGCUGAUCCAGUGCUUUGAUUGGGGAAGAGUCAACGACGAAAAAGUUGACAUGGCUGAAGGUAGAGGACUCACCAUGCCAAAAGCUGUGCCACUUGAAGCCAUGUGUAAAGCACGCCCCAUAAUGAAUACAGUUCUCUCGGACUUUCUAGAUGCUAUUUAGUGUUUUACUAGAAAUAUGUUAUAGGUAAUUAGUUUUCUCCACUUAUGUUUUACAUAGUUGUACAAACAGGAUAUGUCACUAAGAAAAAAAAAUGUAUUGUGUUAUUCACCGCAUGCAUAUGUGCUCUUCUCGUCGUUGUUUUUAUUAUUUUUUUGUAUUUUUCUUGUAUUUCUGCAAUAAUUUUAAUUUUAGCAUAUAAAAGUCCAUAUGACAGUUUUAUUCUAA